CUUACUUCCUUGCUUCCGAUAUCAGUCCGUACUAGAAUAGGUGAAAGUGAACAUUAGCUAACUAAAACAACAACCUACAAGUGUCAUCAAGAUGAAGUUCCUGGUUCUAGCUGCUGUUUUGAUCUCACUUGGUGCUCUGGUCGUUAGUCAGAGUCACAACUACGCUUGGGGAUACCGAGGACCGUACGAUGUGAUGUUGAACCGUACGAUUGCCAUCAAGUCAUCCUCGAUGCUGCAGGUCAAAACCAUGGAUCUAGUUUAUCCGCUGAAGGGUCAGCUGGGUCGUAACAUUACGGCCAUAAACAUCACGGAUCAGUAUAUCAACGGUAAGGGUGGGUACGCGAGUCUGCUGUCCGGUGGCGUCGGCUUCAAUCAAACAAAGAUUCAUUUGAAAUCACAGCGGGGUAACGGUUUCAACUUUAUCGUGGAAAUUUAUGGCCGCUAAUUUAGACAACAGCGACCAGAAGAGUGGAAAUGAGUCAGCGCCGGAAACUGGCUGCCUGAUCUGAAGUUAUUUACUCCAAGCAGAAUGCGUGUUUUUGUAUGGACAAAAUUAAUUAUGAAUGUGUGCUUAUCAAUUCGAAGCAUUAUUGAAUUGGUCAUUAUGUAGAGUACAUUUCAUUGUCUUAUUUAUAGAUCUGUAAAAAUAUAAAGCCGAUAAGAGAAACAGCUGUAGCUAUCGCUACAUAUUGUUUUUCAUUCAUUCGUUUGUUUGUAUCUCCAAUCUGAUUCACAUUGAUCAAUAACAACCAUUGAUUGUAUGAAAACGUUAA